GCCAUAGCUUAGGUACCUAGGGAGUUUUACGCAGAUUGAGGCCCCCAAAUGCCGAACUUGCUCCAUGAUGACAGGGUACAUAGAAGUACCUAGUAUGAAUUAAGUUGGUAUAUUCCCCAACUGCACCCUUCCAUUUUUCCGAUUUAGACUCUCUUCAAUUGCUUGCAAUACCCUAAGCUGUUUCUUAUUACCUAGUAGUGAUGUCGCCUGACAAAUUUGCUGUGUUAGUUUUUAGCAAGACAGCUGGAUACCGGCACGAAUCAAUUCCUGCGGCGAUAGAAGGUAUCAAACAGAUCGGAAUCGCAUCCGAUGCAUUUACCGUGGACUCCUCAGAAGACCCGUCCUUCAUAGACGUUAAGAAAUUAUCGCGAUAUGCGGUCGUCAUAUUUCUACAGACUAGCGGCGACUUUCUCGGCGAAGAGCAGUUGGCGGCGCUCCAGACUUAUGUGAGAAGCGGGGGAGGUUUCCUGGGCAUUCACUGUGCUGCGGCUGGUAUGACGAAGGAUCCUUGGUAUGGCGAACUGAUCGGUGCUGUUUUUACGGACCAUCCAGAGCCGCAGGAUGGCCUGGUGACUGUUGAAAAUAAAAGCCAUGUUAUCGUCGCGGGUUUACCAGAGAAGUUGGAGUGGUUUGAUGAAUGGUAUUACUUCGACGCGAACCCUCGUAUGAAGGUGACCGUGCUAUUAUCCAUCGACGAACGCACUUAUAAAGGAGGGAAGCUAGGUGAAGAUCAUCCAUUGGCGUGGUGCCGAGAAUUUGAUGGCGGUCGUUCCUUUUACACGUCCCUUGGCCAUUUCGACGAAGCGUAUUCGGAUGAGAAAUUCAUGGGCCAUAUACUGAACGGCGUCUUAUGGGCGGCGCGUAAGGUGUAGGAUUGGUGCGAAUACUCCGGAGAGGCAGCCAUCUUGGG